CCCGGCGGUAAGAUGGCGGCUGCCGCGGAGUGCGAUGUGGUAAUGGCGGCGACCGAGCCAGAGCUGCUCGACGACCAAGAGGCGAAGAGUCCCACGCCUUUGACAUCUCAUCCUUCAGUCCCUUUGCUGUAAAGGCAACUUGAACAAGCUUCAGCCCUUUCUAAGACUUCCAGGGCAGGACUUGAAUGGAUUUGACCCUGGAAUUGUUCCUGAUGCAGCCUUGUUCAGUUCUUGCUGCUGCCAUGCUGGAUUCCAAAGAUCCACUCUUUCCUCGACUGGUCUCGCAGGGGAAGCAGAGACUUUCAAGGAACAAGGAAAUGCAUACUAUGCCAAGAAAGAUUACAAUGAAGCUUAUAAUUAUUACACAAAAGCCAUAGAUAUGUGUCCUAAAAAUGCUAGCUAUUAUGGUAAUCGAGCAGCCACCUUGAUGAUGCUUGGAAGGUUCCGGGAAGCUCUUGGAGAUGCACAACAGUCAGUGAGGUUGGAUGACAGUUUUGUCCGGGGACAUCUACGAGAGGGCAAGUGCCACCUCUCUCUGGGGAAUGCCAUGGCAGCAUGUCGCAGCUUCCAGAGAGCCCUAGAACUGGAUCAUAAAAAUGCUCAGGCACAACAAGAGUUCAAGAAUGCUAAUGCAGUCAUGGAAUAUGAGAAAAUAGCAGAAACAGAUUUUGAGAAGCGAGAUUUUCGGAAGGUUGUUUUCUGCAUGGACCGUGCCCUAGAAUUUGCCCCUGCCUGCCAUCGCUUCAAAAUCCUCAAGGCAGAAUGUUUAGCAAUGCUGGGUCGUUAUCCAGAAGCACAGUCUGUGGCUAGUGACAUUCUACGAAUGGAUUCCACCAAUGCAGAUGCUCUGUAUGUACGAGGUCUUUGCCUUUAUUACGAAGAUUGUAUUGAGAAGGCAGUUCAGUUUUUCGUACAGGCUCUCAGGAUGGCUCCUGACCACGAGAAGGCCUGCAUUGCCUGCAGAAAUGCCAAAGCACUCAAAGCAAAGAAAGAAGAUGGGAAUAAAGCAUUUAAGGAAGGAAAUUACAAACUAGCAUAUGAACUGUACACAGAAGCCCUGGGGAUAGACCCCAACAAUAUAAAAACAAAUGCUAAACUCUACUGUAAUCGGGGUACGGUUAAUUCCAAGCUUAGGAAACUAGAUGAUGCAAUAGAAGACUGCACAAAUGCAGUGAAGCUUGAUGACACUUACAUAAAAGCCUACUUGAGAAGAGCUCAGUGUUACAUGGACACAGAACAGUAUGAAGAAGCAGUACGAGACUAUGAAAAAGUAUAUCAGACAGAGAAAACAAAAGAACACAAACAGCUCCUAAAAAAUGCGCAGCUGGAACUGAAGAAGAGUAAGAGGAAAGAUUACUACAAGAUUCUAGGAGUGGACAAGAAUGCCUCUGAGGACGAGAUCAAGAAAGCUUAUCGGAAACGGGCCUUGAUGCACCAUCCAGAUCGGCAUAGUGGAGCCAGUGCUGAGGUUCAGAAGGAGGAGGAGAAGAAGUUCAAGGAAGUUGGAGAGGCCUUUACUAUCCUCUCUGAUCCCAAGAAAAAGACUCGCUAUGACAGUGGACAGGACCUAGAUGAGGAGGGCAUGAAUAUGGGUGAUUUUGAUCCAAACAGUAUCUUCAAGGCAUUCUUUGGCGGUCCUGGCGGCUUCAGCUUUGAAGCAUCUGGUCCAGGGAAUUUCUUUUUUCAAUUUGGCUAAUGAAGGGCAACCACCCAGAACCCAGAAAAUGCAGAUUCACUCAGUUUAAUCUUGAAUGUGGAAACAGUUCACCUCCUCCCUUCAUCACGUCUCCGUGUACUUAGAGCAGUUUCGUUUUCUCAGUUGGAUGCCCUGUGUCUCUGUGAGUGGGGUGGAGCAAAGGGAACCAAUGCCGAAGACCGAGGGCAGGGGAGGGAGGCGGGGGUGGACAGGGAGGCAGCUUGUGAAUUUUUGUUUUACUGUUUAACUUUAUUAAAAAAGAAAAAAAAAAAAAAGAGAAUAAAAUGUUUUGACCCUUCCUGG